AAUUCCACUCGCGAAGCUUGGUAUAACAAAGCGUUCUCCCUAGUAGACGAUGUCAUUUCGUACAAUAAUUCUAUAAUAAAAUUAUUAUUUAAAAUAUUGUUCAUUAAACUUGUUAUCAUUAUCAUGAAGAGUCUCGAUAUCGCUAAAGGAAGUACGUUGGUACUGUGUUUGUUGAUUGGAAGUCUUCUCUGCAAUGCAGAUAAGUUAUCACCAGGUCAAAAAGCGCCUCCACAUGCUACCAAAUCUGGCGGAGAAUCAUUACAAGCUCCUCCUCCAGGUAGCCGUGCCGCCGACGUUGGUUCCAGGCCAGAUGUCGGCAGAAGUGGUGGUUCACGGCUUCCAGCAACUCCACCACAAGCUCCUAAAGAAGAUGGAGUAAUCAGGGAAGAAACUGAAGAUCUUAAAGAAGUUAAUGGCCAACUAGUACGUGUAGUCAAGGGUAAUUUUGGUUAUGAUAGUCCUGAGGGGCUUCCAAUCGCUGUCAAAUAUGAAGCAGAUGAAAAUGGCAACAGAGCAAGUUUCACCAUCGGGAAACCCGGAGGAGGAGGAGGAGGAGGUGGAGGUGGUAGACCUGGUGGAGGCAGUAGUGGUGGCAGACCUAGCGGAAAUGCUGGAGCUGGCGAUGGUGGCAAAGGUCGUCCAGGCUCUGGUGGCGGCAAACCUCCAGCAGGCGGCGGAGGAUCAUCCAGUUCCGACAAAACUUAUCUUCCUCCAAGUUAA